UUUAACCUGUGUCUGUGGUUACAUUCCCUUCAGAUAGACCCUCGUGUACAGAGGAGAUGGAUGUCUACAAUCAAACCACAGUGACUCAGUUUAUCCUAAUAGGGCUCUCAGACCUCCCUGAGGUGCGCUACCCUCUCUUUGUGGUCUUUGCGAUCAUCUAUCACUUUACCUUGGUGGGAAAUGGGGCCAUUCUCUUGGCCAUUGGGACUGAGAAAAAACUGCGCACACCCAUGUAUUACUUUUUGGCAAAUCUAUCCCUCUUGGACAUAUUCUGCCCAUCAACUACUGUCCCCAAGAUGCUGGAGAACCUCUUGACUGAGAAGAACAGCAUUUCCUUUGUUGGGUGUGCUUUGCAGCUUUAUUUUCUUGUAGCCCUGGUGGGGACGGAAGUCUUCCUUCUCUCUGUCAUGGCUUAUGAUCGGUAUGUGGCCAUCUGUUUCCCUCUUCGUUACACCCUCAUCAUUACCAAGGUUCGCUGUGUCCAGCUGACGGCUGGGACCUGGGCAGCAGGGUUUCUCAAUUCCCUCAUUCAUACAGUGUCCACAUUCCGCCUUUCUUUCUGCAGUUCCAACCGAGUGAACCAGUACUAUUGUGACAUCCCACCAGUGGUGGCCCUCUCCUGCUCAUCCACCUACGUGGCAGAAAUGCUUAUUUUGGUGGAAGCCGGUAUCUUGGGGAGCAGUGCCUUCCUGCUCACCUUCAUCUCUUACUUCUACAUCGUAUCUACCAUCCUCAAGAUGCAGUCAGUGGCAGGGAAGUGUAAAGCCUUUUCCACCUGCGCGUCUCACCUUCUGGUGGUCUGUCUGUUUGGGGGCACGACAAUAUUUACCUACGUACGCCCCUCCAGCCAGCACUCCCCAGCAAGAGACAGACUCAUCUCCUUGCUAUAUGGAGUUAUUACUCCAAUGUUAAACCCCGUGAUCUACAGCCUGAGAAACACAGAGGUGAAAGGAGCAGUCAGAAGGGCGUUAUGUCAUAGGGCACGUUUGCAGCAAAUGUAA